CCUUCGGGCAGCCGUCUCUGUUUUCAUUUUGUCUUUAUUGUGAUAAAUAUUGACAUAUCCUCGAAAUGCCUCUGAUCUUUGCUAUAGCUUGUGGCUUUUUUGUUACUUUGUUCGUUCCGUCCGUAUGUCAGCGAGAACAUGCGGGUGUCUAUGUUACGCUGUAUCCACCCAUGAAUGUAUCAAUUGGCUAUGUAGCUGACAAGAAUGCUUAUGUGUAUUGGUUUGCACCUCCAGUAUACAUCCAUGUGAAGAUCAAUAACACAUUUGGAGACCCCAAUGAGCCUGCACCAGGUAAAACAGACAGUGGUACAAACAUCAACACUGUGGACAAACAAAAAGAAGUGCCUUACACAUACAACAAGAUCUCUGAUAACACAACAGAUGUGAUUUCUGUUUUAGGGACAAACAAUGAUUCCUUGUCUGCAAACAGUUCAAUUGUAGACUUGUCUAGUGGAAACUCCAGUUCUAGUCUGGAUGUAAACACAACAUUGCCUUCAGUAGAUUCUGCAGCACCUGGUUCUGAACAACAAACAAAUGCUUCAUCAGCAGGCUAUACAUCUACACAGCAUCAUCACAAUGUUACCAUAUGGACACCAUGGACACCUAAAUAUGUCUUGUAUAAUGACUCCGAUAACAAACAACCACUCAAAGAAAAAGAUGUUGUUGACUUCCACAGUGGUCAUUUGAUUAGAUACGUUGUGAAAUGGUGGCCCGACCAGUCAACUAAUUAUAGUGAGCAGGAGGUGAAUCAGACUGUGACAGGACUAUACCUACAGGGACUCGUCCCUAACACUACCUACAGACUCAAUGUGUCUGCUGUUUAUAUUGGGGAAAAGAUUCUCACAUCUAACACCUCAUAUUUUACAACCAAUUAUGAUACCACCAAACGUUGUCGAUGUGACACAUUUGGAACAGAACCUGGAAACACUAUGUGUAACUUCACCACAAAGGUAUGGUGCCCAUGUCGCACUGGUUUUGGGGGCCUGUUCUGUGAGCAGUGUGCUGUGGGCUACUACAGGAAUGCUGUGGGACUCCCUUGUUGGAAGUGUCCUUGUGAUGAGGAUGCUUCCACUAGUUCCUGUCAUUUCAAGGAGGAGUUCCUGUACUGUGAUAGAUGCAAGCAGGGAUAUGCUGGGAAUCUAUGUCACAAGUGUUCUCCGGGUUAUUUCCGUCAUGGAACCUCAGACAGAUGUAGACCAUGUGCCUGCAGAGGGAACAGUGACAAAUGCAAUCCAUAUACAGGAGAGUGCAUUGACUGCCGACAUAACACAACAGGAUUUUCCUGCGAUAAGUGUAAGAAAGACUAUCAAGGGGAUCCUGCUAUUUUCAAAAACUGCACACACAAAGAUGACCUGAAGCCGAAGUCUCCUACUCACACUCUCGUGAUUGCAUUAGUGUGCGUAAUAGUGGUCCUUGUCAUCUUGGCGAUCGUAGGAAUAAUCAUUUACAGGAAAUGGAAGGAACAUCCAGCAGCUAAACCCUUCUGGACAGUUGAGCUUCAGGAUGACCAUGAAGGCGUCAAUUUCAGUACCGUUCCUGAAGACGACCUUCAAAAUCAUGUUGAAGAUAUGAACUUCUAUGAAAAACAAAAGUCCAAACGAGGGAAACAGAAAUAUUCUCCUCUUAGAGAAGAUCUAUAAAUUUUUUUCUACCUGUCUGGAACAAUAUGAUGAGGUACCUUACUGCCUCUCCUGAACUUAUAAUUAAACAGUAUUCUAGUCAGCCUAUCAGACAUUGGUCCAACCACAUUAAAGGAGGGAACCACAUUUCAUCCUUUCUCCUUGUCAAUCUAUGGAUCACCUUGUCAGAGACAUUCUUCGAGUAGUCUUUCAUCUGUAACUGUCGGAUUUCAUCUGUGGAUAUUUAGUUGGGUAAGCCAAUACAACCAGAGUUAUGGCCCUUAGUUAACUUUGUGUCAUAUUGUCCGGAGAUAUUGUGUACACUUUCAGGGUACAUGCAUAUUUUUGUACACUGUAUCUUCUUCCUUUGUUACUUUGUGUCUCUUUGGGUAGCUGAGUGUCUGCAUUAAUUAUACAUAUAUAGGUUGCCAUUUAAAAAAAUGAUUUGGAAAUAUGACAAAUUCUAAAAUCUUGAAAUAUUUUUGUGUGAAAAAAGUC